AAUAGCGUUAUCGUCUACUGUAAAGAUAAAAUACAAACACACAUCUAAAGUUGUGCCCAUAAUAGUCAACAGACUCUACAGUUUCUCCAAACACUGUACAUGGAAUGAGGUUUUGAAUGAUUUGACAGCGGACGGCGACCAUAACAUAGACAAGUUGGACGAAGUAACUGUCACCGUGUCGGACAAACUUGCCAACGGUGUAACUUUUGAGCCAGAUUUUGAAGAACAGAUACAAGUGGUUCACAACUUUGAUAAAAAAUUGAAAUAUGUACAAUUUGACGUGAUAAGAGACUUAGAACCAAAUAACAAUGUACCAAAAGGUCAAAAUCCUCCUACAUGUCCUACAGCUUUCGAUGUUUUGAUGAGAAAGUCCAGCACACUGACAAAGCUCCCUCAAAAGAUUGAUGAAGCCUCUCCCAGAUUUACAGGGUUGUGAAAACAGAAUGCUUGUUGCCCAGAAUGUGAGAUCUACAAUAAAAUGCACUGAAUGUGACAAACCUAGAUGCAUUUAUUCUAAGCUGAAGUUGAACCCUCGAGAUUUAAGAGCCUUGAAGCACACAACAGAUAAAUAUGACUACACUUGCGGGGCAAUUUUAGCACCAGAAGGGGAUGUUCUACAUGGAAAAGUUUUCACAAGACUCCAGCUUGCAUGUACCAGUCACAUUGAAUUUGCAUACUACAGCUCGGAUGUUGGCCGCAAAGACAUAUGUGCAUAUUGUGUUGCAACAGAGAUCCAAAAGGACAAGGACUUGUGCAAAAACUUUAAAGUUGUGCUGCCAGUUUGUGACUUGUGUCGUUCCAAAAAAUUGGAAGUCCCAAAGAGAAAUCCAAUUAAGAAAUAGUUAAUUCUAGUCUGACAAUCAGUUAAUUCUAGUCUGAUAUUCAUCCUCUCUAAGUCAUUCUUUUUAACAUGUUGUUUAUGAUUUUUGUUUCUACUUGUUUCUAGUCAAGAAUAAAUGUUUUUUGUUUAUUUUCA